AUGUUCCUUCAACUCAUCUCAUACUUAGGAGUGGGAUUUGGCUUUUUGUUUCUAGUUCUUGCAAUCGCCUCGGCAUUGUACUACCUCUCCGAACUUGUGGAAGAGCAUUCCGAACCCACCAAACGAAUCCUUAAAAGGCUCAUCUAUAUCAUCACAGGUGUCCUUGUACUUCUAUACUUAUUCGAUGGAUUCCCAUUCCUUUUGACGGUAUUUUCGAUGUUCUCCUACUUUGUGUACCUCCAGAACCUCCACAAAUUCCCCUACGUACAGUUGACUUCUCCCAUCUUUUUGGCUUCUUGUGGACUUGUGGUGGCCAACCAUUUCUUUUGGUUUAACCACUUCCAUAAUCCAUACAUCCCUCCAUUGGAGGAACGGUUGAAGCCUGAGUACGUACCACCUCAUAUCCCUUCGUUCACGGAGAUUUGCUCAUUCUUUGGGUUAUGCGUGUGGCUUGUGCCGUUUGCUCUCUUUGUCAGUUUGAGUGCUAAUGACAACCUUCUUCCUCAUCACAUGGAAGUGGAUCCGCUGGGAAAGAAGAAAAACAACGGAUUGGCCAAGGUGGUGGUGGCCAACAUCCGUGACAACGUGUACUCGGCCAGCCGGGCGUUGGGCUACGAAUUGGAUCCUCACCAUGGGCAAAUGGUAUAA